AUGGCUAUAGCUAUUAAGUGCCAAAAUCUUAUAACCCUUCUCGUGUUACUAAACUUGGCAUUCUUGAUGAAUGCUCGACCUUUAAGUAUUAUAAAUACUGUUAAUUGUCCAGAUGAAAAUGAUCAGUUGUUUGAUCGGUUUUCUUUGGGUUCCAUUAAAGAAGGACCAAGUCCUGGCAUAGGGCACAAGGUCGAAGAUAAGGCAAUUCUUGGAGGAAUCAAGGUCGGACCUAGUAUUGGAGCAAAAGACAGAUAUACACAUGAACCUAGCCAUAGAAUUGAAAAUGUGUUCAACAUUGAGACCUUGGUUGGAGUCAAAGAUGGACCAAGUCCAGGAAUUGGACACAAGGUUGUAAAUGUUGAGUCGCUUGGAAAUCUUAAGAACUCUGGUCCAAGCCCUGUUACAAAAGCUGCAGAACAAACUAAUAUUAAACAGAACACUCAACGCCCGACGACCACAAAACACUCAAAAAAAGAGCGGGCGAAAGCCAAGCCUUCGAUCCAAAACUCCCAAAAACCUUCACAAAUCAUGGGGAGUUCCAAGGACGAUUCCGCCACCGACGGCGACAAAUCCACCGGUAAUCGCCGCCGUCCCGAAUCCAAUUCCAACCUCUUCUCCGACGGAGAGAAAGUCCUCGCUUUUCACGGCCCUCGUAUAUACGAAGCUAAGGUUCAAAAGGCUGAGAUACGAAAGAAUGAAUGGAAAUACUUUGUGCAUUACCUUGGUUGGAAUAAAAAUUGGGAUGAAUGGGUUGGAGUUGACAGAUUAAUGAAGUACACAGAAGAAAACAUUUUAAAGCAACAAGCACUUGACAAAAAACAAGGUGUUGACAAAAACUCAAAAGGAAGAUCAACUCAAACUAAACCCAAAAUAUCAAAUGAUGUAAAGGUGGAAAAAGAAGAUGUGAAGAGUAGUGGGGCAAAAGGGAAAAAGAGGAAGAGUGAUUCGAGUAUAGAGAAAGAGAAUGCAUCUGUUGAAAAGCCUGUAAAGAUUCAAAUUCCAUCAGCUCUAAAAAAACAACUUGUGGAUGAUUGGGAAUUUGUUAAUCAUCAAGAUAAGCUUGUUAAACUUCCACGUUCUCCAAAUGUUGAUGACAUUUUGGCAAAGUAUCUUGAAUACAGGUCAAAGAAAGAUGGGAUGAUGACAGAUGCAGUUGGAGAGAUUUUGAAAGGAUUAAGAUGUUAUUUUGAUAGAGCUUUACCAGUUAUUCUAUUAUAUAAUAAAGAACGCAAACAAUUUCAAGAAUUAAUUACAGAUAAUAAUAAUAUUUCUCCUUCAACAAUUUAUGGAGCUGAACAUCUCCUACGUCUUUUUGUUAAAUUGCCAGAGUUAUUGCCAUACGUGAACAUAGAAGAGGAUCUUGCCAUGCGUUUGCAACAAAAAUUUCUCGACUUUCUCAAGUUUAUGCAAAAGAAUCAAAGCUCUUUCUUUAUUUCUUCGUAUGAUGGGAUGAAGGUUUCUGACAGGGGCAAAAUGGUCCAAGAGUAAAACAUUAGUUGUUGCCAUUUUUAACAAAAAUAUUUCGGUGUUGUAACAUAAUCUCAAUUCUUUUUUUAUUAGUUGACAAAUUUGUAUAAAUCAAGAUUCAAGAAUCAAUCUUGGUUCAAAUAGCUAAAGUGUUGUAGAAUUAGCAUUUUCUCAUCUAGUAGUGUCCCAAAUGUGUA